UCUCCUCCCUGAACCGGAACAGCAUGGGUUUCACCUUGGCUGCAAAUCAGGGUGGAAAGACGCACGUUUAGUUUGGUUUAGCGUGAAAUUUUGGCGUUCAAAUGAAAGAUACAUGUGUGUGUAGCAGCACGGCCCGGCUAACUGUUCUUCUAAGAGCGAGGAAACAUGAAGCAAGACGUCAGGAUACUUUUAUUGGGGGAACCCAAGGUGGGGAAGACGUCCCUCAUUAUGUCUCUGGUGGGAGAAGAGUUUCCAGAGCAGGUUCCCCCCAGAGCGGAGGAAAUCACCAUCCCUGCUGACGUGACUCCAGAGAAGGUUCCCACUCACAUUGUGGACUACUCAGAAAAGGAACAGAGUGAUGAAGUCCUCAGAGAUGAGAUCAUCAAGGCUAAUGUAGUGUGUGUGGUGUAUGAUGUCACCAAUGAGGACACAAUAGAUAAGAUUAAAACCAAGUGGAUUCCUCUGGUCAAUGGGGAUGCAGAGAAAGGAAACAAGGUGCCUAUCAUCCUGGUGGGGAAUAAAUCCGACCUGCGCAGUGGGAGCUCAAUGGAAACCAUUCUACCCAUCAUGAACCAGUUCUCUGAGAUUGAGACGUGCGUUGAGUGUUCUGCAAAGAACCUGAAAAACAUUUCUGAGCUGUUCUACUACGCACAGAAGGCCGUUCUCCACCCCACUGCUCCCCUUUAUGACCCCGAAGACAAACAGCUAAAACCAGCAUGUGUUCGAGCUCUGAGCAGAAUAUUCUACAUUUCUGACCAGGACAACGACCGCAUCCUUAGUGAUGAUGAACUCAACAGCUUUCAGAAAUCCUGUUUUGGGAAUCCUCUGGCACCACAAGCCUUGGAGGAUGUGAAGACUGUAGUUUGGAAGAACACCAGCGAUGGGGUGCAAGACAACGGCCUGACCCUAAACGGGUUCUUGUUUCUUAACACCUUAUUUAUCCAAAGAGGCCGACAUGAAACCACCUGGACGAUCCUCAGGAAGUUUGGUUAUGACGACAACCUGGAGCUAACUGAUGAUUAUCUGUACCCUGAACUCAGAGUUCCUGUGGGCUGCAGCACAGAGAUAAACCAGUUUGGCCACCAGUUCCUCCAGCGGUUGUUUGACAAGUACGACGAAGAUAAGGAUUCUGCCCUCUCACCGGCGGAGCUGAAGAACCUGUUCUGUGUUUGUCCUUACAUGCCCUGGGGCGCCGACGUCUAUCUGACGGUACCCACCACAGAGCUGGGCUUCAUCUCCAAUCAAGGCUACCACUGUCAGUGGAUGCUUUCUGCAUACCUGGACAUCCACCGUUGCCUGGAGCACCUUGGAUACCUAGGCUACCCGAUCCUUACCGAACAAGCGUCUCAGACUGCUGCAAUCACAGUGACCCGGGAGAAAGAGGUGGAUUUGGAAAAGCAUCAAACUCAGAGGUCGGUGUUUCUCUGCAAGGUGAUCGGACCACGAGGGACCGGCAAGACCGCCUUUCUCCAGUCCUUUGUGGACCGCAGCGUUGUGAGUAAAGAAAAUUCCAGCAGUGCCUUCUCACCAUAUGUCAUAAAUAGAGUUCAAAUCAGCAACCAGGAGAAAUACCUGAUUCUUAACGAGGUAGAUGUGGAAACAGAGUUCCUGAAGGCCUCAGAUGCUUCCUGUGAUGUUGCUUGUCUCAUGUAUGACACCAGUGAUCCCAGUUCUUUCGACUAUUGUGCCAGUAUAUACAAGCAACAUUACAUGGACAGCAACAUCCCGUGUGUGCUGGUUGCCUCCAAGGUGGACCUUCCUGAAGCCAAACAGUUCCACGGCAUGACUCCUGCAGAGUUCUGCUACAAACACCGACUGCCUCCGCCGCUGCCUUUCUCCAGCUUGUUACUCGACUCCACCAGCAAGAACAUCUACACCAGGCUUGCCUGGGCAGCAACGUACCCGUAUGUUUCUGUGCUACACCUGAGCAGGAAUAGAAGUGCUGCUAAUUUGGCUUUUUUUGGCUCAUGGAUAUUUCUCCUCUUAUUUUCCAGCCACCUGAACGGUUCAGACAUGAGCAGCACCUCCUUCUGGCUGAGGGUGGCUUUGGGCUCGGCUGUGGUGGCAGUUCUGGGUUUUGCCGUCUACAGAGCUGUAGCCAGGUUAAAAUGAGCUGCAUCGGAUUUUAUCUUUUUUUAAACGCGAUGCUUCAUCCAUCAAGACCAAACCCGAUGACCAGAACCACUGAAGUCUGGACUAGAUGAUGUCCUUAUGCCCUCUAGUUUUUCAUCUGAAGACUUCCAGGAACCGGUCCACCUUCCUGCCGGACCUCUUCGCUUUGAAGUCAUUUGAUCAUACCGGUUCUGAAGCAACUGGAUGCGGGUGAUCCUAUUAUUCCCUCUGCUGCUGUGCCCAGCUAUGUUUGCCUUAUGCCCAACCAGGCCCGGUUGGAGAUAGCCUGAAGAACAUCCAGGAAUGUCCUUUAUCACAGGAAGAUGGUUCAGCUCUCCUGCUUCCCCACUGGGAUAUCUGAGUGUUAAAGAUGAUGUUCUGCAUGCAUGUAGCGUGUGCAUCUGAAAAUAAUGCCAAAUUAAACAGAAUCAGAACCCUUCUUCAUAAAGAGGACAUCCAGAACAGUUGCUACCAAAACUGCUCCAUCAACAGUGUUUUUCUGACCAGGACAUCCCUGAUGGGAGAUUCUGACCCGAUGGCCAAAUAACUCCUGCAACUAUGAGCAGCAGGAACAUCCGCUCCCAUCCAGGCCACCCUAUCAUCACAUUUAUUAUUGAAAUAUUUAAAGCAGAACUUCCAUGGAAAUUCUGCGCUGUGGUAAGGUUGCUUCUGUUGCAUGAAGAUAUUUGCUUUUAUCAAGAAGAUGAAUUAUUUUAAUAAUGUUUGCUGAACAUUCAGAAACGAUUCACCGUCAUUAGAGCAACCCAGGUGAACACUUAAUAAUGUGAUUGGAUUAUUUUACGUGCCUCCGUUCACCUGUUUUAUUUAGACUGAAGCCAGCUCUGAUUUUUCUGUUUCUUUUCCCCCAACGUGAAUCAUUUAUGGAUCUGUGAUUCUGAGAAACCUGAUGGUUCUGCAGGAGACAUUUGUCAUUUUUCAAACGCUUUUCUUACUGAAAGUGAACUGAUUUAGAUGCUUAAUAAAAGACCAGACUGGGUGGAAACCUCUGACCAAAUGUCAGUUAUGGUUACUCAGAUGACUGA